AUGACGGCCGACAGCGUGCACCACCCGCCAAGCUCGAGCUUCGCCCCAUCGUCGUCCUCGCAAGCCUCCGUGUCCUCGGCCUCGUCGUCGACCUCUGCUGCUUCCUCGCCUUCUGCCUCGGCAGCCGCCGAACCGCACGCACUCACAACUGCCACCGCCGUCGGCGCCUCCUCGUCGUCCAGUAUGGCAGCCGCAGCCGCCGCCGCGGCAGCAGCAGCAUCACCCACCCCCUCAGCGUCGACCUCGCGCCCGCCGUCCAGACCACCAUCUCGGCGAAGCAUUAAAGGUAGCCACAGCCGCACGGUCAGCGCAGCCUCGCGGGCAGGCCCGCCCCCUAAACAUCGCAAGGUGCUGCCUUAUCUCUUUGACGAUGCCGAGCUCGACGACGUCGUGGUGCUGGUCGCCGAUAUGCUCACCAAGCUCACGCAGCACAACGACAGCCUGCCGCUCCACCCGGCCUCGCUCACCCGCUUCCACUCGCGCGCCACGCCCAACAUCUCGCUCCCCGCCUACCUCCGCCGCAUCGCAAAGUACACGUCGGUCGAAAAGUGCUGCAUGCUCAUCCUCCUCGUCUACAUUGACCGCGUCUGCGAGCGCAUGGCCGGCUUCACCAUUUGCGGCCUCACCGUCCACCGCUUCGUCUGCGCUGCCGUCCUCUGCGCCAGCAAGGCCCUCUGCGACGCCUUCAACACAAACGAGCACUACUCGCGCGUUGGCGGCAUCACCCUCGCAGAGAUGAACCUGCUCGAAAAGGAGUUUCUCAACAUCAUCGACUGGCGCCUCACCUGCAGCGGCGACCUCCUCCAGCACUACUACGCAAGCCUCGUGCGCUCCCACGACGACUUUGUCCUCGAUCUGCCGCCUUCCAACGUCGAUGUGGACAGCGUAAGCGGCACAGCGGCCAUGUCGCUGCAGGCGCAGGACGUCGUCGGUGGUGACGAAUACGACGACGACGGCAACGAAGAAGCAAGAGGGGUCGCAGAGCCUUCUUCUGAGCUCGAGCCUCAAGGCUACAGCAGCUACCGGCACGACGGACAGCUGUCUUCUACUGCGGCCAACCCCGCUCAUCCACUGGCACCAACACCGCCACCUCCACCAGACCCACGCGCCCCGCUUUCGCCUUCGUCCGUACCGGCAUCGUCGUCGGUGGCCACGGCAAGACCAGGUUACUCUCCAGGGCUUCGCGGCGGCAGCCGAGGCAACUCUUCGCAUCCGCUUCGGCCGGGCCACGCCCCAGCAUCGCAGUCGCCCUCAUUCUCUGGGCUCGCAGCAUCGCCAUCCACCCUCGCACGCUACCAGGUGUCUGCAACGGCGGCCGCGGCGGCAUCGACAGCAGCGUCAGCAACGUCAACGUCGUCAGCGUCUGCAUCGAAUGCUGGAGCCUCGCCCACGCCGUUGCCUCCGACGCCUCCGCCCACGAAGCGGAAAUCUUUUGAACGCGCCGCGGACCGCGUCGGCAAGUCGCCUCGGAUCGGCCCGGCGGCGGCGGCCUUUGCCUCUUCCCCAUCCAGGAAGGCGAUGGCAGCGCCAUCCGCGCCGACAAACGGCUGGCAGUACGCGAUGUCGUACGGCGGCAGUGCUCCGCCCCCAUCAUCGACAUCGGCCAACGGCGAAGGCAUCUUGUUCCACCCGUGA